AUGCCCAAUGUGCUGGAAGCCGCCAUCCACUGUGAACGCUAUGGAGCCCAAGGCAUUACCGUGCAUCCAAGACCCGAUGAACGGCACAUUACCUAUCAAGAUGUGCGGGAUUUAAAGCCGUUAUUAACCACCGAAUUUAAUAUAGAGGGCAAUCCCCAAUACCCAUCGUUUAUUGAUUUGGUACUGGAAGUUCAACCCCAUCAAGUGACCUUGGUACCCGAUGCCGAUGGGGCCUUAACUUCAAAUGCUGGUUGGGAUUGUAAAACCCAUGCCGAUUAUUUGAAAGAUAUCGUACGCACCUUUAAACAGGCCAACAUUCGCACGUCCAUAUUUUUGGAUGCCGUUCCCAGCAUGGUAGAAUAUGCGGCCCAAACAGGGGCCGACCGAAUUGAACUCUACACCGAACAUUAUGCCCAUUAUCAUGCGCUCCAUCAAAAAGAACAGGCCAUAUCGGAUUAUAUAUCCACGGCCCAAUUGGCACAAUCCAUGGGUUUGGGUAUCAAUGCUGGCCACGAUUUGGAUACUCACAAUUUGGGCGAUUUAAUAGCGGCCAUACCCUUUAUUGAUGAAGUAUCCAUAGGACAUGCGUUAAUAUCCGAUGCCCUUUACGAUGGACUUGAAACCACCAUUCAAAAAUACCUUAAAAUUAUUGAUAACGCCCAUGCCCGAAUUGUAUAG